GGCGCGCGAUUCAGUUGUUCCGUGUCCGUACUCGCGCUCGCACGCACCUCGCCUCCUCAAGAACUUUUCGUAAGUUUAGUCAUGGCUCUCCGCUAUGUGUUUGCCGUAUUGGCACUGGCAGGUGCCACGUUCGCGGGCUCGGAGGUCACCGAACUGAAGGUCGAGAAUGUCUACGUGCCGGAGGGCUGCACCACGAAGUCUAAGAACGGCGAUAUGUUGACCAUGCACUACACCGGCACUCUUGACGACGGCCACAAGUUUGACUCCAGCUUCGACCGGGACCAACCCUUCUCCUUCCAGAUUGGCGUCGGACAAGUAAUCAAGGGGUGGGACCAGGGUCUGCUCGACAUGUGUGUCGGUGAGAAGCGUAAGCUGACCAUCCCGUCCCACCUCGGCUACGGCGAGCGCGGAGCCGGCAACGUCAUCCCCGCACACGCCACCCUCCACUUCGAGGUCGAGCUCAUCAACAUCGGAGACUCGCCCCCGACCACCAACGUCUUCAAGGAGAUCGACGCCGAUAAGGACGCACAGCUCAGCCGCGAGGAAGUGAGUAUCCAGUUAGCGUUCCAAGCCAUGGACACAGACGGCGAUCAGGAGCUGUCGAGAGAGGAGGUGAGCGAAUAUCUGAAAAAGCAGAUGACCGCCAGUGAAGGCGCCGAAAUGAGCGAAGACAUUAAGAACAUGCUCGAGAGCCACGACAAGCUGGUCGAGGAGAUCUUCCAGCACGAGGACAAGGACAAGAACGGCUUCAUCAGCCACGAGGAGUUCUCCGGACCCAAGCACGACGAACUCUAAACCAGUACAUCAGUAGAACCACUCAAAAGUUACACCGACCAUCCUAAUGCCAACCUAAAAAAAUAUGCAGCUGAACUAAACGAAAUAAAAACUAUUAAAAAUAAGCGUAACGUGAGUGCCAAAUAAUUCGGACAUAAUUUUUGUAAUAGUGUAACUUAAAAAGUGGUUAUAUAACUGUACAGGUUUUGCACGGAGUAGGUAAAUCGACAACGAUAUGGACUGAGAAAUAUCAUACCGGCAACGAGAAACUGUUAUGUGACAUGCAUAUUCGUAGACGAUUUGUAUUCGCAAACGUAAUGGAAUCGAUUUGAACUGUUGUCUGAUAAUACGAUGGUUUAUGGACCAGAGCACUAUUGAGAUGGCUCAUUGCGUUUUAUAGCGAACUAUAUACUUUUUGUGUAAUGAGUGCUUAUACUCAAUUAGUGUAUCUAAAUUAAAUCUAGGUAAUCCUACUUAUGUACCUUACCUUAGAUACAAGAAUACUUACAUAUCAAAAAGUGAAGUUGCAUUUUGUCGGUUUUUAAUCCGUGCUUAUAGGUAGACUCUGAACAUCUGAGCUCUCCGCUGAACAUUCAGUAUCUGUAAUAUACUAAUAUAAUAAUUAUAUUAUUCUACAUUCCUAAGCUGGGACGUUGAUAUUUUUAUAUAUUUAAUUUUCUGUUUAAUUUAAAACAUUGGCUAACCUCUUAUCUGACAAAAAGGUGUUCGCUCUAUUAAAUACUUACUCUCCUUUGACGAAUAAAGGUUCCAUCACACGGGCGCGUGUUCCGGGCGGGGCGUGAGCGCGGCGUGAGCGUUUUAUAUGUAAAAAGCGGCGCGCCCCACUCACGCGCCGUCCGCAAAACGCACCUGUGUGACGGAGCCUUAAUACUGUAUGAGAAUAGGUAAAGCUCUAUACACAAUAAUUUAAAAAUAACGUUACUUUUUUUAUAAAGUUAUACAUGUAAUUGUAAAAAUCUUGUUCUUCUUAUAUGUUUAUUUUGUGUGAGUCAUUUUGUAGCUUGUUAAAUCAUUUUGUACUUAGUUUAUUUUUGUUAGAAUGUGAAUUUGUUGUAAUAAUGUUAAGGGUACAUUUAUGAGUCAGUAAAAUAAAUUUAUUUUUUUCUAUUUUCUUUUUAAGUACUGAUGUUUUUAUUUUAUUACCUAUCUGCAUUCAAAAUUAUGGCGUUGUUUUAUUGAUAACGUCUGUGUCAAUUAUAUUUAAUAAAUGUCUAUAAUUAUAUAGCAAUUUAGUCUGCAAUUUACGUGAUUAAAUUCAUGUUUUUGUAGUCACAUCUUGUGUCUGUAAAUGUUUCCACCUUAAUAAUGGAACGGUAGACAUUGCAAUGUAACAGUAUAAAAACUGUACAAUUGUUACUUCCUGUCACAACUGCUACCAGUACUUAAACUAAUUGAAUGUUUUCCGCUGUUGAAUUAAUGAAUAAAACAUAUUUAUAACAAA